CGUGAGUACGUAUGAAAAAUCAACAGUCCAACUCUGUGGACCAAGUUGGCAAUCGCAGAAUCUGAUCGCUACCGUAUCAAUUUUUUCUCCGGUUUUCUCGGCCCGAACUGUGAGAGCAGUUCGUAGUUGAGUCUUUCCGGAAUUUGUCGCGCAUCACACCUUGCAGGGGCUAUUCUGGACACUUUAUAUUCAGCCAUGGCGACACCGGGAACGGAAUAUCCUUUGCACAUCGUGGAUGCUUUCACCAAAGUCCCUUUCGAAGGAAACCCGGCGGCUGUAUGUCUCCUGCAAAAUGAUACGGAUAUAAAGGAUGAGACAAAAAGCAAGAUUGCUUCUGAAAUGAAUUUAUCCGAAACCGCCUUCGUUUCAUGUGCAACCCCAGACACAAAUUUUUCUCGAGCUGAUAAAUUUAUUUUACGAUGGUUCACGCCAACCGUGGAAGUGGAUCUUUGCGGACAUGCAACCCUGGCUACUGCAUGGGUCAUUUUUCACACUACAAAUAAUCAGCAUCGCGAACUGAAGUUUGAAACACGAAGCGGAACACUUUCUGCAAUGCGCAAAGGCGAUUCCGUAUCAUUGGAUUUUCCACGCUUCCCUCCACGCCCACUUAAUGCGGACGAGCGGAGGCUACUUCAACCUGUCAUCGAUAUCUGCUGUGGCUCGGUGGGAGACGAUUCCGUCCUGGAAGUGUCCUUAUCACCGGAUACUUAUAAAUUGUUAAUUCGCUUGAAAGACGAUGUUAAUGUUAGCCAGCUAAAAGAAUGUAUCGUAUUUCCCGACCAUUUACUGGCUCAGGAUACCGGGGGAUUGAUAAAGGGCGUCAUUUUGACAUUAAAGGGAUCAGCAGAAAAUGGGGCUGUGGACCGGGAAGGAACACCUUAUGAUUUUGUUUCACGUUAUUUCGCCCCCUGGCAAGGUAUCGCGGAGGAUCCAGUAACAGGGUCAUCGCAUACUGUAUUGGCUCCGUAUUGGUCGGAAGUUUUGCAUAAGAAUAUGUUGUAUGCACGACAAUGCAGUAAACGAGGUGGCGACCUACUCUUGACCCUGCAUCCCAACAACCGGAUUGAAAUUGCCGGACAUGCCAGAAUUGUGAUGAGCGGCAAACUAAUGUUAUGAUUAGCAGGAGAUGGUUCGGAAUCUAAAGCCGGGAAGGAGUAUGAUGGGAAACAUUAGAAAUAGUAUUAAUCGUAAAUUAAAUAGGCGAUUGAAGUAUAUCUGUAUAUCUGUACGAAUACAACAGAAGUGUGACCGGUGAUACAAGCAUACGUCUUCUGUGUGGUAUCGUAUUCUGAUUCACUUGUUUUGAGAUGUUGUUCCUUUUUGGUUUGUUUAAAAACGGUACUUUGCGCUUUUGGGAAUGGUGCGUUUAACUGUUUGCGUUGUCCCUUUAUGUCUUAUGACUGGUGAAAAAAGGUGGGAAUUGAAUGAAACCUCCCCCGUAUA